AUGGAUUUGCGUUUCCACGAAGAAGGAGGCAGCGUUUGGCAGAAAUGUUCAAGACACGACCUUUCCAAACGCCGUUUCGUCUGCGGUGGCGUUUGUCCUUUCUGCCUCCACGAACGCCUCUACUCUCUCUGCCCCGAUUGUGCCCGUGAUCUCCCCUGUUCGUGUACCCCACGCGCCUCCGUUUCCGCCGCCGAAGGUGACGUUCCGUUCUCCGGUGUCGGAUCGGUUGGCCGCGUUGCCAACCUGAUCGAAUCCGAACCGGCGUUUCUUUGGUCUGCUAAACCGGAACCGGUUUUUGGAACCGGGUCGGAUCUCAAGCCGGGUCGUGGACGUUGGCUCUGGAGGCUGUUCAGUGGAAACAGGGGAGAGACGAGGACGAAGGCUGCUACGGUUAUGAGGAAGUCGAGAUCCGUUGCAGUUUCUGACGCAGGAGAAGUGCCAUUUUCGCCGGUGCCCGUGACGAGUAAAGGAAAUGGUUGGUACUUUCCAAGUCCGAUCAAGGUUUUUCGACAGUCGAUAGUCUCCAAGAUGACGUUUCAACAAAGAUCUCCUUUGUACAGAGGUUGA